AUGGAUGGAGGAGCUGUCGACCUGCUCUCUCUACUGCCUGAGGUGCAGGAUGCGUUACGUGAUGAUUUCGAUGGAAUCGAAUGCAGUAUCGGGCCUGGUCCCGUUCUAUCCCAAUCACCAUUCCGAAUGCCGUUCAAGCAUAUUGGACGACAGGUUGUCUAUGUACCGGACUUGUCUGUCUCAUGCCUAGAAGACUUUGAUAGCGAUGUAUACCAACGGAUUCAGCUCACAAAAAACAGUGCGAUAUUUACUGAUGGAUUGAGUGGAGGCUGCUUAGAAAUAGUUUUGGAUCGUGGGAAAGAUUGGAAACAGCCAUUAAUUCGUUUGUUCAAUCGACUGUAUCCAGGAAAAUGGGCAUUUUUUGUUGUUGAACUUGAACAGGGGCAAGCAAGUUUUCAUUUAUUGUGCUCAGAUUAUCCUCCAUCAUCUACACGUCGUGAAGACACUCCAGACUCGACAGAGCAAUCAUCACAAGUUAGUUCUCCCACGGAAUCAGUCUCUGAAUCUUCAACUAAUUACUCUUUAUGGAUCACUCCUAUUACUCAAAUCUUUGCUAUUCCACCUCCCAAAAAAGUGAAAAUUAUCAAGAGAGUUGUUAAGAAGAAGACUGGUGAAGGACUUGAGCCAGGAUCGUUACCCACAAGUUCCCAGUCUCCUGUUACUACAAUCAUUGGCGAAGAUGGAAAAGAGAAAAAGGUACGGAUUGUGAAGAAAAUCGUGAAAAAAGAAAAAACUCCCGAAAAAGAAAAUACUGUUAGCAGCUCCACAAACACUGUAAAGGAAGCAAACGACUACCCGUCUGACUUCAUUACUCCUGUAGUCAGCUCGACAUCAUCUGAUAGCUGUCGAGUUGUCUCAGCCUCUUCGAGCACUAGUACAGUGAAACCAGAAAAGGAAAACAGUCCUUUGGGUUCUAUACUGGCUGCGCGUGCUGCAGAAGUUAUCGAGCCUUCUAAGAAAUUGAAUAUGCAUUCCAAUGAUGUGUCUUCAACUACCUCUCGAACAUCUCGUUUAUCGAGUGCAGGUCCAUCUUCAUAUAGAAUAGAUGAUGAUGACGAUGAUGACAAAAGCAUCCAAGAGCUGAGAAGAAAAUUGUCAGCUGGCCAACAGGGUGCAGAAGAGAAGUUUCAAGUGAAUGGAGAAAUAUUAGCUAGCAGACGGCUCUCAGCCCCUGUCACAGGUCUGCGGCAAUCGUUGAGUCGGAAAAGUAUAACACCUGAUAAACGUCUUGAUCCAAUUUACGAAGGUCCUGGCCGUAAGGAGAGAUGUAUUUCUCCAGCAAAAACAGUUCAACAGGAAUGCGUAUUUCGUUCAAACGGAGUCCUGGAUUCCCUUGGAAUCACUCCAAUCAUUCAAACAAAACCGUCCGGUAGUGGAGGUCUCCCAUACGUUGCUUUGCAAGCUGUUCUUGGAAAUGGAUACUUUUCAUAUGAAGAAUUGGGAAAUCUCAGGCUUGUCCAUCCUCACUGGGAUGAAGUGGCUGGGCAGACAUUGAACGCCGGUUAUUACAAACUUUUGAAAAGAUCUGAUAACUUACUGAUGUCUCUUCAACGUCGUUUACCGUCUGAUCCAACUCUACAAUAUCCAACAACCGUUUUAACCAAUAUACAGGUUCAUAUAUUGAAUUCUGUUGAUAUUAUGCGAACAGUUUUAGACGAAGGAGUUUGUUGCUUUCCUUAUGGAGUCAUACUGGAUCGCACUUUUCACUUGUUGAAUUUGAUUGAACUGAUGCUUAAAGGUGGAAUAGGACUUGAUGAUGUGAAAAUUGACUGGCAAUCAGUAGCCAGUUUAGCUAAGAAGGCAUCCUUACAUUAUAGAACUAAAUUGGAAAAAGUAAUGGAAGAAAGGAUGGGUGAGAAUCUUCGACUAAAAGCAGCUCAACGAAUCAUACGUCUUGACUCGUUUAUGGUUGAGAGCACAGUAUCUAAACUAGAAAAAGAUCAACUGAAGUCUCGAGAUGAUUUGAAGUGGGAAAUUGAACAGUUGCAACAACAAAACACACAAUUGCGAAGAGUACGAACAAAUUAA